AUGUCGGUUGAACCUUUCCUGAAAAAUAUCUACUUUUUUGUCAAAAUAUUAAACCAAGCCUGUUCAAAAGAUGUUGCAGAUUGGGACUUAAAUUCUUGGCAGAAUGCUUUUCAUUGGGCCACUUAUUGUGAACAGCUGUAUCAGCAGGUGAGCCACAGAUCAAUGAAAACCGAUUUUGAGCAGUGUAUUCAAAGACUGAACAGUCUAAACCUUCCUUUGGUGUGUGGGCAACUCAACCUUAAGUUUUUAAAAAAAGCAGGCAGCCAUCUUACACAGUUAUUGAUUCAGAAUCCUUAUCUUCCUGAGAUGCUGUUUGAAGAAACAAUUAGUAUUUGUAUGAAAGAUAGAAAGUCUGUGAUUACGCAAUGUGUUGAUCAAAAUUGGCAAACUGCUUCCAUACAAGUGGUGGACAGACUUAAAAGAUGUUUGGUUGACUGUACAAAGAAUAGAACUGAUGGCUGUAUAAAUGCUUCAAGAGAAAUUCUUCCUGAAAUAGAAGCAAAAUUUCUAUGGGAUCGACUCCUUUUAUCCCUUCGUGCAUCUCAAGACUGUGAAAGGUUGCCCGUUGCAGUGAAAAAAAUUGUGAUUAGCCUAAACAAAACAGAAACUGGUUGGGAUAUCCUUUUGCAUCUCUUACAACAAAAUCAACACAAUUGUGCCAGUUUGCUGGACAAGCUUCCUUCCCAAAUCCAUUCAGUUAUUGAAGAUCACAUGUGCAAAUCUAUUAUACAGUCUCAAGUUCCUAGUUUAAUAUGGAGAAGCAACCGAGCCAUAUUAAAUGAAAUCCUGGGACAAUCAUUUCUUCUGUUCUCUGCAUGUUUAACGCAACUUAUUCAAUGGGGAAAUAAAUUUGUGCCUGUCUACCAGUACAAACACAACUUUUUCUAUGUCUGGAUCUAUCAACCAGACAAGAAGUUUGAUGAGAAAUCAUUUGAAAUUCUCACCUCCUACAUGAGAAUUCUCGUUGACAGCGGACCUCAACAAAAGAAGGCUGUACUUGCAAAUUUAAGAAGUUUGGAAACAGCUACACUUUGUUGCAUCUGGCAAGAUGUUUUAGCCGCAAUAUAA